AUGGCCGCCGCGGCCGCCUUUCCCUCCCUCUCUGCCCCGGAAGAUUCCAUGCAGAUUUCAUCGCCUGGUAAUCUGCAAUUUCAUGAUCCAGACAUCGAUCUUGACUUUGGCGAUAACGACUAUGAUGGAGGCGUUCAGCUCGAGGAAGAUGAGCAAAUGAUAACUGAUGGCGAGUCGAUACAGCCUAUUACUGUGACCGACGACUUGAUGGAUGAUGCCGUGCAGCAUCAAGAGACGCUCGUACAAGAGGCGGAUAUGCAGGAUACUCCAGGGUCAGAGCCGCAACAGGUGGCAGAUCCUGACGAUGAGGAACUCAUCGACUACGGUGACGAUGAGUACUUUGAUCAGCAGCAGAACGAAGAGGUUACGCUUCUCGCCGCAGACCAGCCACAGCCAUCCGAAGUCCAGCAUGACGAUGGGUUCGAGCAUGUAGAAAACAUUGUGCGCCAGCCGGAAGAGGUCUCUUUUGAGCAUGCUGCGCUUGGGAAAUCAGACCUUACUGAGCAUCCCGAAAGCUAUGUGGUCGAUGACGCGCCGCCAGAGAACUCUGUAGCUGAUGAAGGUGACGCCGUCGUCGAGCAGCACACCGCCUCAGCUCCGGUUGCAACCGCUACCGAGACGGCCAACCAUGACCCAACUACAGACGCUGUCGCCGACACUAGUACGCUUACUGCAGCGGAGCAUUAUGCGGAGCACUACCCUGAGUAUGCCGAUGCACAAGGAGCUGACGCGGUUUCUCAGCCAGCCUUCACAGUCGACACCACAGCGUACGCGCCUUCUGAUGGACCACCUACACCGACCGAUACCGGACUACAUCCUAUCACCGUGUAUUACCAUGAGCAUACCAUGCCGCUCUUCAAGUCCAAGCGUCAAUCGGACGGCUUACUUAAGGACGACAACCUUGCGAACCUGAGCCUGAAUGAGCUCAUGCGUAACUGUAGACAACGCCUGGCGUUGAAGAUAGGUGACAUUUCAGAAGACCAAGAGCUUACUCUUGCCUUCGACCGCCUGGGCCUGAUGCUUGUCGAGAAUUCGCGAGCGGCCUUCGAACAUUCCCUCAAUGACAUCCUUGAAGUUUACCUCCACCUACAUCAGAACGAUGGGACUACUGACAUUCCGCCGCUUUCCCUUUCAAUCAGUCUUCAGCACUUCUCUCAUCAAUUAGCUCUACUCAGGCAGGCAGCGGAGGUAGGAACGGGCAUGUCGGACUUCGUACCGCACGGAGAUGCCGGGCACGCUAGUGAAGACGAAAAUGGGGAGGAGCAGUACGAUGAGCACGACUCUCAGAAAGAAAUUGGUCGGCAUCUCAAUGAGAACGGGCAAGAAGGCGUUGGCGAGGAGGAUGCACAAUACGACGAAGAACAAGGUCAGGGUUACACGUACGAAGCUGACGGGCACCACCAAGAAGAAGCGGUAGAGGCCGAGGAGAACGGCGAAGAUGCAACAGACCAUGCAGAAGCAGAUGUUGAAGGGCUAUACGAACGCACUGAGAAUGCUGCAGCGCAUGACGUGGAGCCUUAUGAAGAGGCUGCUGAUACUCGCCAUGACCAAACGGAAACUGCGGAGCAUGUCAACAAUCAUACAAGCGACGGCAGAACCUCAGCAAACAACACAUCUCCGCACAAUGCCACAACAGCGCUUUCCGACCAGUCACUUGCCGCUGAGCUUACCGAUGAUGAUGUUGGCACUGCAGAGGCACGGCAAAACGAAGUCUCUCUCUUUGCUGAGUCAAUCGCAAGCGCUCCCGCCGACAAUGACGACAAUGGUGAGUACCACAUAGAUUGGGAUGGAGACGAAGAGAAAAGCCUGACAAGCUACAACUUAGAGCCGACAGCCAACAUCCUCGCUGAGGGUGAGGUGUCGCAAGCGGAACCGGACACGGCGCACGACAACAGUGAGCUCGCAGAACAAACGGCAAGUGCUAACAACCAGAACGAAAAGUUCAACGGAGAGGCGCGUUCAAGGGAGACUGACAAUAAUGGUCAUGGCCAUGACGAUGACAAAGCAGUUUCGCAACACGACCCGUACGAGGACGUUUACACUGUUGGUGAGGAGUUCAUGUUCGGAUUGCAUGCAGAAGCACCCGGAGUGACCGGGAAUGACUACGAGGACGUUUAUGACGACGACGAGGCAGAGUUUCACGGCUUACAGUAUCGUACUGCUGACGCUCUCGAAGAGCAGGAAGAGGAAAAAUACCUUGAGACUGGCGACGAACAACAACAUCCCCAUGCUGCCCAAGGCUACCGGGAUGAGGGAGACUACGAACACGGACCAGAGCAUCUACCUGAUGCAGAGGAGUAUCUUGCCGCGUAUGAGAACACCGGUGAGCACCAUGGUCCGCAGCCAGAACUUGACCAAGAGAACAUCGGCUUCGACGACGAUGAUGACUACGAUGCUGAGUAUCAGGCAGCGGUUGCUCAACCCGCCAAGUCUGGCUCACCACUCGGCAAGCGUUCGUUUGAUAAAGCGGCCGAGGACGGGUUUGAGCUCGAAGAACCGGAGCUCAAGAGGGCCAAGGCGGGAUGAGCGUCGUCGCUUCUGGUCUUUGGUGGACGUUGCGUGUACCGCAAGCGCUCGCACUCACUGAUGCGAGCGACGCAUCUCGCCGCACAGUACAGUCAACAGCAACCCAGCAUAUGGAGACGAAGCGCAGAACCCACUAUUGCC